AUGAUUACAGUAUCCGCCGUUGAAGCGUCUAACACGCUGAUCAAGAGCUCACUUCCUUCCCGUCUAGUGGCCGUCUUUAUAGGGGCAACUAGUGGAAUUGGCGAAAGCAGUCUUAUUCACUUUGCAAAAUAUGCCUCCCUGCCGCGAAUUCACUUCGUUGGUCGCUCCCAAAACGCGGCCGAUACCAUCACCAAGCGCCUUCACGGCGUCAACCCAGAGGGGGAAUACCACUUCAUCAAGGCCGACGUCAGCUUAUUGAAAAGAGUUGACGAGGUGUGUAAGCAGAUUGCAGAGAAGGAAAAUAUAUCAAUGUCUUAUUUCAGAGCCAGGGCCCCGCAGAAUAAUAACACGGAGACAGUAACAACCGAAAAUCUUAAUCUUAUUCAAGCACUUUCUUACUAUUCUCGUAUGCGCUUUAUCGUCAACCUCCUCCCCUUUCUUCGAGAAGGACCAUCGCUUCGACGUGUCAUCACCGUCUUGGCCGGAACGAAAGAAGGCCCUAUCAAUCCACAAGACGCCGCAGGGCAAAAAGUCGCUCCUUGGAAUGCGCGUGGACAUGCUUGUUCCGUGAUGACAUUGACUCUAGAGGAAAUAGCUACGCAGGCACCCGAAAUCAGCUUCAUCCAUGAUUAUCCGGGCUAUGUCAAGACUCCCAUAGGAAGAACCAUGAAGGGCCUAUCCGGUGCAGUCAUGAAGGCGUAUUUGCCGUGGUUACCGCUUGGACAACGACACGUGUUCUUGGCAACGAGCUCGCGGUAUCCUUCUAAGAAAGGAAAGCUGGAUGGAUCGCAGAAUGGGAUUCCUUUGGUGAAGGGCCUUGAGGUCGCUGUUGGCGCCGACGGAGAGACUGGCAGUGGUGUCUAUUCAGUUGGCGCAUAUGGAGAAACUGGUGACGUGCCUUGCCUCAGGGUUCUGGCCCAGCUGAGGCAGGGUGGUAUACGAGACAAGGUCUGGCAGCAUUUGCAAGAUGAAUUCCUAAGGAUUACCGGGAGGACCACGGUUUGA